GUGUGUGUGUGUGUGUAUUUAAAUAGAGAAUAACAGAUUCGAGCAGAGCAGGCGGCAGACUCCACAGAUUAAGCAAGCAUGUUUAGGAGUCUCCAGCAGAUGUCCGUUCCGCGCGGAGCCUGAAUCGUGCUCGUGUAGGGUUUAAGAGACGUGAUAGACAAAGAUAGAGGACGAUGCCUCGUGUAGGGUUUUAGGGGGGGCUUCUUCUGCUCUUAGGUUUUCCCUGUGAUUGUCAAGUGUCAACAAUGGCUUUCUGGGGAGUAGAAGUAAAACCCGGAAAACCAUAUACUCAUUGCUGCAGAAACUCGAGAGGAAGGCUUCACAUCUCCCAGGCAACGUUGGGGAUUGGUUCUGCAAUGAAGAAGAGCUUAGUACAGUGUAACAUAGGGAAUAGUAGUCCAGUUUUCUUAUGCUGUUUGUUGCCUGAUAAGACUGAAUCAUGCCCUUUGAGCUUGGAAUUUGAAGAGUCUGAUGAAGUAGUUUUUUCAAUUAUUGGUCCUCGAAGUGUCCACCUUACUGGUUACUAUCUGGGAAAUCACCCACUCAAUGAUGACUCAGAGUUCUAUGGGGAAGAUAUUGCAGACACAGAGACAGAAUCUACUCGCCAUAGUGGAGAAGACACAUAUGAGAAUAGUUUUAUUGAUGAUGAUGAUCCAGAAGUCUUUCCACUAACUCCUGUUUCCAGUGGAGGAGAAGUGAUGUUGGAUGAUGACAAACCUAAGAAGACUGGUAGACGUAGAAGGCUUAAGAAAAAAUACCAACUCAGUGAGUCUGAUGAUGAUCAUAAUUCUCAACAACCAAUUGUUGCUAAUGGUAGUAGAGGUGUCCCAGCGUUGGAAAGUGAAGAUGAUGACAGCUUUCCAAUUUCCUCACUAUUUAGGAGGAAUAGCACUGAACAGAACAUGGAAUCAAGUGCAGGAAAAAAAGAUGAGGAAACAAGUAAGUCUGGCGAGAAGAAACCAGCAGAUGAUCUUCGACAUGUUGCGUCAAAAAGGAAAGCUGAUGUUACCCUUCCUGAGAGAGAAGCUGAUGCUCUGAACUGCUCUUUGCUGCCGUUAACUAGUGUGGGACUUGCAAAUGAUGCAAGGCCAAAUAAGAGAAAGAAACAGAAGACCAAGGAGGGAAAAAGUCCAGAAGCUAAUUGCGCUGACCAUGGCAAUGUCCCUAAAGAUGACACAGCCUGCCAAGAUGAAGCAAAGACUGAGAGAACAUGCUUGGAUUUGCCUGUGGGAGACAUAAAACAUCAUAAUUCACCCAUUGAUAAGCAUUUUGACAUCAAUGGCAACCAAUAUGCUGAUGAAGCUCAUUGUGAAAAAAUUAAGAAGAAGAAGAAGAAGAAAAAGAAGAGUGAGGAAGACGGGUUUGUGAAUGUGGAGGCAUCACUUCCCCUAAUGGAAGAAAAGAGUGGCACUUUAUUAGAGACUGUUGACAGGGAUUUCAAUGCCAAAUCAUCUCCAUGUAGAACCUUGACAAAUGGACUUAGUAUCGAGGAACUAGAGAUGGGUGAAGCAGAUGGCAGAGUAGCUUCUCAGGGGAAAAAGGUUCGAGUCCACUUUAUUGGCAAGUUAAAGGACAAUGGGCAAAUAUUUCACUCAAAUAUUGGUCAGAUUCCCUUUAAGUUCCGCUUAGGCUCAAGAAAGGUUAUUGAGGCAUGGAACAUUGGUCUGGAAGGCAUGCGAGUUGGUGGCAAAAGGAAAAUUAUAAUCCCACCGUCAAUGGGCUGUGGGAGUGAAGGAGAUGGUGACAAGGUGCCACCAAACUCAUGGCUGGUGUAUGAAAUUGAAUUGGUUGGUGUUCGUUGAUUAUUUUACUCCAUUGCUCGAGGCAUUUUGCCCCUACAAAGAUUAUUGCUGGAGGAACAUAGAAGACACAAAAUGUGCAAAUAACCAAAUGUUUGAUAUGUAAUCUUAGAGUAUAAUGUAGCGGAUCGAUCACUAUUUAUACAUGUGUCAUAUAAUUUUUUUGUUCUAUUUUACACAUCUGAAUGCAUGGGCAUUUGCUUUUCUUAAUGAUUUUAACUACUACAUUUUCUAUGAGUAAUUGCAUAAAUGAAAGAAUUUGAAUGUAAA